UUGGACUUGCUUACUUCCGGCGAAGAAGUGUUGCGAAGUGUCGGCUUCGGCUUUCUCUCUGUUUGUAAGAAGAAACCCGUCUUCCCAGCCUUGGCUGCGGGAGCUUGGUCUUCCAGGGGAGCUCCCCGGGACUGUGGCCUUGAGGAAAGGGAAUGGCCUUUGUGUACAGACGAGGGUCCUGUCCCUAACCUUGACCGGGCCGGUUUCCGUGGAUCGGGGUCAGGAGCGAUUGUGGGCAAUCCAGGUGCAAAAUCUGUACUUAAAACCUUGGCUCUCUUCGGGACCCAUGAAGUUUCCCGUUGGUCUGUCAAGCUCUUAGGGAUUGAGGGACAGGACCAAUUUUGACCAUUGUAAUGUUUUUGACCUCUGUUCUGACUUAAGUUUGGCUUGUGGUAGAGAGAAGGAGCGGCUGCGUCUGGACUAGUUAUAGGUUGCACGCUAAGGAAAGUGUCCUUCAGAAGAUCUCAAAGAGCAGAAAACAAGUUUGGUCCGUGUAACCCAGCUUACCUGGAGAGAGAUCCCUCUGAGUUGGAAUGAUAAUGACAGGAUCUGGGGAAGUUAUAGACUUAGACCCUCCCGUGGAGACUUCACCAGAGCAAGAAGACCUUCUGAUAGUGAAGGUGGAAGAAGAAGAUUGCACCUGGAUGAGGGAGUACAAUCCGCCCGUGUUUGAGACUUUCUACCAGCGCUUCAAGCACUUCCAGUACCAUGAAGCGUCAGGCCCCCGGGAGGCCCUUAGCCAGCUCCGGGUGCUCUGCUGUGAGUGGCUGCGGCCCGAGCUGCACACCAAGGAGCAGAUCCUGGAGCUGCUGGUGCUGGAGCAGUUCCUGAGCAUCCUGCCUGAAGAGUUCCAGACCUGGGUGAGAGAACAUCACCCGGAAAACGGAGAAGAGGCUGUGGCCGUGGUAGAAAAUAUAGAAAGAGAACUAGAGGAACGCAGACAACAGGUCGUGGCGUGUGCUGAAGUGCUUCCUCCGAAGGUCGUGCCGCCUGGAGCCGGGCCCGAGUCCUUCAGUCACCAGCUCCUGCCCGUGGACCCGCAGCCUGAGCACGAGCCGCAGAGGCCUCAUCUUCGGGAGGAAAAUGCCCUUCCUGCUCUCCAAGUUCCCUCCCUUCCCCUGAAGGACAGCCAGGAGCUGACAGCCUCACUUCUCUCAGCUGGGCCCCAGGCUCCCAGUUCCUCCCCUCGCUCCAAAUUUGAACCUAGGGAAUGGGAAUUUAGUGGAGAUCUCGUGUUUCAGAAGUUGGUGAAAAUUGAAGAUGUGGCUGACGUGGCUGUAUCCUUCAUCCUGGAGGAAUGGGGACAUUUGGACCAGUCCCAGAAGUCCCUCUAUAGGGAUGACAGGAAGGAGAAUUAUGGGAGUAUUACUUCCAUGGAUUACGAGUCCAGGAACGACAAUGUGGAACUGAUAGUAAAGCAGAUUUCUGAUGAAGCCGAAUCGCCCUGGAUGACCUCAGGAAGCCCUGAAAGAAAUGUCCCCCCGAGUCAAGAGUUUGGAGGAGUUAGCGACCCUCACAGCGUGGUAGAAAGGUGGCAGGUCAACCCCCCCAUGGGGAAAUCAAGGCAGACCCCUUCCCAGAAAAGAGACCUCAGUGCCAUCACAGACGUGAACCGGAAGCCAAACACCAACGGCGAGAGAGGGCACCGAUGUAACGACUGCGGGAAGUUUUUCCUUCAGGCCUCCAACUUCAUCCAGCACCGGCGAAUCCACACGGGAGAGAAACCGUUUAAGUGCGGGGAGUGUGGGAAAAGCUAUAACCAGCGCGUGCACCUCACCCAGCACCAGCGUGUGCACACCGGCGAGAAGCCUUACAAGUGCCAGGUGUGCGGGAAGGCCUUCCGUGUCAGCUCACACCUGGUCCAGCAUCACAGCGUGCACAGCGGGGAGAGGCCCUACGGCUGCCCCGAGUGCGGGAAGAGCUUCGGGCGCCACUCCCACCUGAUCGAGCACCUCAAGCGCCACUUCAGAGAGAAAUCCCAAAGAUGCAAUGAUAAAAGAAGUAAGAAUACAAAAUUGAAUGUUAAGAAGAAAAUUUCAGAAUUUUCAGAAGCAGACAUGGAACCAACAGGAAUAAUCCCAAGAAAUGUUUCUCAGGUUCAAGAUUUUGGAGAAGGCCAUGAACACCAGGGCAAAUUGGAUAGAAAGCAGGGAAUUCCCAUGAAAGAGAUACUAGGACAGCCCUCUUCAAAGAGGAUGAAUUUCAGCGAAGUCACGUAUGUCCACAAAAAGUCCUCCACCGGAGAGAGACCGCAUAAAUGUAACGAAUGUGGGAAAAGCUUUAUUCAGAGUGCACAUCUUAUCCAGCAUCAGCGAAUACACACCGGGGAGAAACCAUUUAGGUGUGACGAGUGUGGGAAAAGCUACAAUCAGCGUGUACACCUAACUCAGCAUCAGCGGGUCCACACUGGGGAGAAGCCCUACACCUGUCCCUUGUGUGGGAAAGCAUUUAGAGUGAGGUCCCACCUUGUUCAGCACCAGAGUGUGCACAGUGGGGAGAGGCCCUUUAAGUGUAAUGAGUGCGGGAAAGGCUUUGGGAGACGUUCACACCUUGCUGGGCAUCUCAGGCUCCACUCGAGAGAGAAAUCCCAUCAGUGUCAUGAAUGUGGAGAAAUCUUUUUUCAGUAUGUUAGCCUCAUUGAACACCAGGUGCUCCACAUGGGCCAGAAAAAUGAACAAAAUAGCAUCCGCGGGGAAGCGUACAGCUGGAACUUAACGGUGAUUGAGGAUAAGAAGGUUGAGUUGCAAGAGCAGCCUUAUAAGUGUGAUGUGUGUGGCAAAGCCUUUCAUUACAGUUCAGAGCUCAUUCAGCAUUACAGAACUCAUACCGCAGAGAAAACCUAUAAAUGGGAUAUGUGUAGAGAAAGCGUUGGCCAGUGUUCCCACACAAAACAACAUCCCAAAAGCUAUUCCAACCUGAAAGCCCAUCAAUGUAACGAAUGUGGCAGAGGCUUUGCUCUGAAGGCACAUCUUAAUCAACAUCAGAGGAUCCAUACUGGUGAGAAACCCUUUCAAUGUAAAGAAUGCGGAAUGAGUUUCAGUUGGAGUUGUAGCCUCUUUAAACAUCUGAGAAGUCACGAGAGGACAGAUCCCAUAAAUACCUUAAGUGUCUAGAGGUUUCUAUCGUAGAACAGCUCUUACACGAUUUUAGAGAAGCCUUCCUGAAGACAAACCCUACUCCUAUAACGAAUAUAAUAACAACUUCAAGCAUCUCCUCCAACUUAACCAUCAAACCUAUGGAUCUGUUGAGAUCCUUCAGUUAGAACUUAGGACACUGGAGCAUCCACAGCAGAUAGAUAGCUGCUUUUCCACUGAGAAAUGCGUUCGUUUGCAUCUUCAAGCUUGAGAGUCUAGACAGGAGAGAACCCAAGGAUACAGUGGACGAAGGGAAGCCUUCAGAUGGCACUCAUUCUUCGUGCGACUCUCAGAACGUUGACAGUGGGAAAAGCCUCACAAAUGCAGUAGGAAUAAGCUUCAUUUGUAGUUUCUGCCUUGUUUGACAGCUUAUCUAUUCAGGGAAGAGCACAGUGAAAGAAAGAACCCUUCAGCAUGAUCUUGGUUUGGGUACCUCAGCAAUGAACCUUUUCUAGAUGUGAUGCCAGCCACUGGAGUGCUCCAGGUGACAUUCUCAUCUUGAGUAUUAAACCUUUUCAAAAGAAAUUGA